AUGUUUGGUUCUUCUGGAGGUUUUGGCGCUGCUAAGCCUGCCACAGGUGGCUUCUCAUUUGGCGCUAACAACACGAACGCUGCGCCUAACACGGGUUCGGGCUUCAGUUUUGGUUCUGCAAGCAACAACGCCAAUAAUGCCAAUCCCACGCCGUUUUCGCUAGGUGGAUCCACCGGUACAAACACUAAUACCGGCGGCUUUGGUUUUGGAGCAUCCAACAACCAGCAACAGGGAUCUACCAACACGGCAUCGUCAAAUCUUUUUGGUCCCAAACCUGCUACAACGACCCCAGCAAGCUCAGGAUUCUCGUUUGGAGGUGCUCCUGCCAAUAAUACGACGUCUGGCACUUCCACCGGAGUAUUUGGAAAUACCAAUGCGGGUACAAACACGAAUCAAACCCCAAAUCUGUUUGGAGCCACUUCAAACACGACUAACUCUGCAGCUCCAGGCGGAAUGUUUGGAUCCAAUAAUUCUGGUACCCAGCAAACAGGAAGCAUGUUUGGAAACAAUACCGCCAGUCAGACUCCAUCUGGCCAGUUUGGUGGAUUUGGCAACUCGGCUGGUCAGCAGACGGGAAGCUUGUUCGCAAAUCAGAGUGGGAACACGAGCCAAAAUUUGUUUGGGAGUCAAAACCAACAGCAGCAGGGCCAAAACCCAAGCUUAUUCGCACAGCAACAGAAUGGCCAACAAUCAGGACAACAACAACAGCAGCAACAACCCCAACCACAACCAUCUAUUUUCAAUUCCCGUCCAGCAUUCGCGUGGUCUCAGCCUGAAGCCCAGCUACAGGGGUCUGGAGUCAAGCAUCCUCUAUUAGUGCAAGCGCAGCAGAGUGCAUCAACGGCUGCAUCUCAAAGUAACUCGUUCACUCCCAGCAUCAACGACCAGCUCUUCAAGAUCAAGAACUCAUGGGACCCCAACUCCCCUUCCUGUCUUCUAAAGACUCAUUUCUACAACAAAGUGUCAUCCAAUGAGCUUAUUGCAAACUACCAAAGACCGGAGGAUGAAUCUCCGGAGGAAUGGGAAAAGGCCAUGUCUGAGAGGCCAAAUAAGUACAACUCGGUUCCCGUGAGAGCCAGAGGCUUUGAUGAUCUUUUGAAAAGAUCCAAUAUACAGGUGGAGCACAUCAAGCAAUCACGUGUGAUUUUGAAUGAGAUUCAUGAAAAUCUGACAAAGCUAAGCGACAAACAUGACUUGGACACAAGUGUGAGGCUGGCAGCUUGCAAGACCAAGCACAAAGCCCUCUCCAGGAAGUUGCUGAAAAUCGCCAUAAUACUGUCUAUUCUCAAAUCUAAGGGAUACCCACUUACAAAAGAUGAGGAGAAGCUGAGCCAGCAGUUUGAGACUUUGCUCAAAUCUGUAGAAGACCCUGUUGGCCUGGCUAGAUCUAACGAGUUGUGGGCAAGACUGUCUAAUCUUAGGGAAAGGGCGAGAAACAUUUCGGUUCAAUUAGAACACCAAGAGAGUACAAACUUGUCAAAUGGGGUUUCAGAUACGGCAAACGACUUUGAGAGGGAUAACGGCUAUGAUGCGGUAGUUGCAAAGUUUACCAGUGUCCUGGCAAAACAACAACAAGGCAUUCAGUUUUUGUAUGAUACAAUUGAGGAUGACAAGGAGACGCUGAGCAAGUUGUCGACAAAGCUGGGGAUCUGA